UAGCCUCAUUGUAUCUUAAGAUUUCUCUCAAUCUCGAUGAGUAGAAUUCAAACAAGUCGACUUACAAUGUGGCCAGCAUUGCUCUGUACUUUGACUCUGGUUGGAGUUGCUUCAGCAAGUAUCUCGGGCCACAUCACAGCCGACUCGUGUUUAUGCCUAACCACGAGCGGAGUGCACGCCAGGACAGGAGCUGGUCUCGGUCACUCAGUAGUGGCCACGUUGAACUACGGUGAGUGCUAUAAGUCCAGUGGGGAUAUGCUGACACAUGACGGGUAUCACUGGUACGAGCUCCAGCACGUGCACGGACAUCACAGCGUUUGGGUUGCCGGAAACUAUCUGAUGACGUCAUCCUUGUCACACUGUGGAGGCACUAGUGGAACAGAAGGCCAUUUUAACUCCAGUAGUAAGGCGACUACCCAUCCCUACGCUACAGGCGUUGUGUCCCAGCAUUGUCUGAGUUGUAUUUGUCAGCUUGAGUCCGGUUGCAAACCUUUAGGCUGUCAUUUGGAUGAGGGUACGGACUCCUGUGGAUAUUUCCAGAUAAAGGAAGUGUACUGGCUUGACUGUGGGAAGCCAGGAGGCUCCCUGGAAGCCUGUGCCGCUGACAUGCAAUGUUCAUCGAGCUGUAUCCAGCAGUAUAUGCACCGAUACAUAGGAUAUUCGAGAUGUGUUCAUAACUGCGAGAGCUACGCACGGAUCCAUAAUGGCGGACCUGCCGGAUGUCACCAUAGCAACACACUUCACUAUUGGAACAAUAUUCAAAAGUUAGGUUGCUCGGCCAACAGCUAAAAUGUCUGACUUUUAACUAACUCGCAAAUAAAGUAUUAUUCUUCAG